CAAGCUUGCAGCGCACACAUCCGUAGAAGGUUGUGGAGGAGCUGGGACCCGCGCCACACGCGCUCGCUUCGCCGCCCCCCACCGCUUUCUUCUCCGCGCUUCAGCCGCGCCCCCGCCCUCGCGCCUCCCCCGCGACACAGACCCGGGAAAGUUUGUGCGGGCGAGUGCGUGCCGGGUGCGGAGGGAGCGCCCGGGAGCGCAGUGAGACCGCGCACCGAGUCCGCCCAGAGGGGAGCGCCCCGAGCCCAGGCGGCGGCGGCCGAGCCCCGAGCCCGCGCCCCCGGCCCGCGCCCCCCGCCCGCCAUGGGCGCCGCGGCCCGCAGCCUGUGGCUCGCGCUCGGCCUCCUGCUGCUGGGGACGCUGCUCCGCCCCGCCGACGCCUGCAGCUGCUCCCCGGUGCACCCGCAACAGGCGUUUUGCAAUGCAGAUGUAGUGAUCAGGGCCAAAGUGGUCAGUGAGAAGGAGGUGGACUCCGGGAACGACAUCUAUGGCAACCCCAUCAAGAGGAUUCAGUACGAGAUCAAGCAGAUAAAGAUGUUUAAAGGACCUGACAAGGACAUAGAGUUUAUCUACACGGCUCCCUCCUCCGCCAUCUGUGGGGUCUCGCUGGACGUUGGAGGAAAGAAGGAAUAUCUCAUUGCAGGAAAGGCUGAGGGGAAUGGCAAGAUGCACAUCACCCUGUGUGACUUCAUUGUGCCCUGGGACACCCUGAGCACCACCCAGAAGAAGAGCCUGAACCACAGGUACCAGAUGGGCUGCGAGUGCAAGAUCACACGCUGCCCCAUGAUCCCUUGCUAUAUCUCCUCCCCGGACGAGUGCCUCUGGAUGGACUGGGUCACGGAGAAGAACAUCAACGGUCACCAGGCGAAGUUCUUCGCCUGCAUCAAGAGGAGCGACGGCUCCUGUGCGUGGUACCGCGGAGCGGCGCCCCCCAAGCAGGAGUUUCUUGACAUCGAGGACCCGUAAGCGGGCCACCAGCACCCCUGUGGUCAACUGAAAAGCCUCCAAGAGUUUCGACUGGUCCAGCUCUGACAUCCCUUCCUGGAAAUAGCAUGAAUAAAACAGUCAUCCAAGUGGGUCUAAAUUA